CCUUAGACCUUGGCAGAGAAUUGGAAGGCGGAAGCUCCUAGAAUCAACUUCCUGCUUAGGGUUCAAUCAGAGAGCGAGAACCUGUUGCUCUGCUACCAGACAGACUGGCAGCGGCGGCUGCUUCGGCAGUAUGGCAAGGAGGUGUGCUUCCUGGACGCGGCCUAUAAGAGGACGCGCUUCCCKCUGCCACUCUUCUUCCUGUGCGUGCGCACCAAUGUGAGCGUGGCGCCGGUGGGCCUGUUUGUGGUGCAGUCGAGGAGCGCCGAAGCCUUGGGGGAGGCGCUGGGGGUGUUCAGGCAGUGGAACCGGGGCUGGAGCCCAGCCUACAUCCUCACUGAACACUGCCCUGUGGAGAUGAAGGCGGUGGAGGCAGCAUUCACAGGUGAACAGUGGUGCUCAYGCAGUCUUCAGCGAUCACCUGCGGGAGAGGACCUGGACCAAGUGGCUGAGCAACCGGUCGCGAGCCAUCACCAACCAGGAGGGGAUCUUUGAUAUGAUGAAGGCCAUCGCUGGAGCCCRUACCAGAGAGCAACACCAGGGGGCAGUAGAACUACUACAGCAGAGCCCCAUCUGGUUGGAAAAGAGACAACUUUUCAAGAACUGGUUCACUAACAAGUGGCUGUCAGAGGAGAAGAGAUGGGRGAACGCUGUGAGGGUUGAUAUUGUCAACUUUGUGUCUAUGGUGAACGGAGGUCUGGAGAUGCAGAGCGACUUUUUCACACAUAAUAACAUGAWGGUCCAUAAAAAAGACACCCUGAGCCAAAUGCUGCAGUUCCUUGUUGACGACUACUUCCCACAGAUGCACCAAAGGUACACAGACCUCAACAGCCAGUCCUCUGGCGAGUACAGCCUCAACCCCACUGUGCCUCCGUUCCUGUGGCAUCGCCCUUGGAGUGUGGUGGCCCUGGUGAUGGACAACAUGUCUGCGGCCCUGCAAGACCCCGACAUCGUGGUGGAGCAGGCCAGCGACYCCGCCAACGGCACCUUCCGGGUGAAGAGUCUGGCAGAGACCAGGGCAGCGCGGUCCUACARGGUCAGCUUCGGUUCAGAGUCCACCUGGCCCUCCUGUGAGUGUGAGGUGUGGAGGGACCAGCGCCUGCCCUGUGAACACUUCUGUCACGUCUUCAGGUCUGAGCCUAACUGGACCUGGGAGCACCUGUGUCCCAAAUACAGGGACCACCCUUUGCUCACAUUGCAUUCACAGACCUCUCACACCACAACAGAGGAGAUGGAGGAAGCCCUCAAUGGUCUAAUGCAUCUCUCCCCAGCUUCCCCAGUCUCUCUUCAGUGGGAUGGGCCUGAAGAAACAGUGCCACUGGUGCAAACUCCUCAAACUCCACAGUUACAACUGCAUAGCAUACAAACACAGUGGGUGGCCCCACAGGCUUCACAGGGUCUGCGGGAGAGGGAGGAACUGAGGAGGGAGUGUGUGGCCAAACUCAAAUCCAUCAUGGAGAAUGUGAGCGGGAUCAACGACAUUGACCACCUACAGGAGCUCAGGCAGAAACUGGACGUUCUCCAGGCUCAGAGUGAGGCCAUGGUGAUUCAGAAGGACGCUAGCGUCAAAACAGUUUCCACCUCCAAGGGGAAGAGAAAAAGGGCAGGGGUGGAGAUUAUCGUGGCCAUGCCCAAACGCAUCAAAGUACUCUCCCGGGUUGAUGUAGAAAAUGUUCAGAAAUAGCUUUUUUCUAAAGAGGGAAAAUAAAGAAUGUUCAGUAUUAAAAGGCAACUCUGCCACUUUUAAUUUGUGGGUUGUUUUUAUGUAGUAUUUAGUGUUGUCCUACACAAUUUGUAUACUUUGUAUUUGAUGUCUAUUGCCUUUUUGUGAUGAGCAAAACUGGAAAUAGCUUGUCUGACGCCUAAGUAAGAUCCCUGAGAUGACUAAUAAAAUAAUUAGUCAGUCAUUUUCAUUUGUCUAUAUAACCCGUAUGUAGUUUCUGAUCAUAUGUGAACUCCCUGCUAUAUGUAACUCUGGUUGUCUUCAUCUAACAAAGGUCUCUUUGUUAGGAUGUGGUGACAUUGUAUCCAGUUCUGGGUCAGCUUGAUUUAAGGCACUGUGCAGGUUCACAAAUCUUUCCAUAACAAAUUAAUAAAUCAGUUAUUGCACAGUG